ACCAGGAGUAUAGGCAUCGCCACCCACACACACGUUAAAUACCAGAGUCGCUUGUCACCAACAACCCACCACCCGCUCUUCGUUCCCCCGCGAGGGUACAGGAACAAAGUCAAAACACGCAGGCGUGGAACAGGAGAUUGAUACAUAUAUACAAGCUCGCGGUCAUCUGGAGUGGCAACAAUAACAGAGAGAAAAAACUCAUCAGCUGCUCCGAGAGGAUAACUCGCGAGGACAGCCCCAACGAUAAAUCGCCGAGUACAACAUCGUCGCGGCUUUACAGGGCAGAUCAGUGAACAUGUGAACAUCGCGAACUUGUGCCUGCGACCCACCCCCACCCAAUAAACUGUACAAUCAAGUAGUAAAGUCCUUCAAAACGUACCCUCCGCUGUCAGCUGUGCACAACAACAAGGAGAAAACGCGAAAUUCCAGGUCAGAGGGACAAAAGAAAAAAAAAAAAAGAUAGGGAGAGGUGCCGGUAAAAAGGGGCGAGUGUAGUCGUCCGUACCUGGAUAAAGUGCACGAAAGCCGCAAACUGGCUCCGGAAGUGAGGAUCAAGCAAAUUGGAAUGAGGGAGGACCUGCUCUCCAUCAUACGGCACACGAGUAGCGACCACUUCUCGGAAGAGCUCUAGCCCGCGAUCGAUCCUCCUUUGACGUAUAUAUAUAUAUAUACAUAAAAUAUAUACAAUUAUUUUGCCGUUCUCCUUUAUUUCCGUAUCACCCCCGUGACUUAUAAUUUGCGAAACACAUACACCCGUGAACUGGAUGUCCCACGGGGAGGAAGAUUUUACCUUCGAGAGAGAGAGAGAACCCGAACUCGCCUAUAGACUAUAUACCGCGGGACACUGUUCAAGCGCCCAAGGACUCGUCCAACAUUGGAGGUCGUCGGGGUGAAUAUCGUACCCGCGUCCACGUACACGCUUGACCAAUGCCUUGGGUCGCCGCUUGUCUGAGCUUGCUCUCGGAACCGCUGCUCGGCUACUGCCUGCUCGCGAAAAACCUGGCCCUGCAGGCCGGUAUCAUCCAGAACCCCGUGAAACCCAUGGCGCCGAGUAUGGAUCAGCAACAACAGGCAGCAGAAGCUACUCAGGAGAAGGCUGUGAGGACGCCGGCCACGGGAGCCGCAAAACCACCUCGGAAGUUUGCCGGUGUCGUGGUAGUGACCUGCGGCCUACCGGCCAGGGGUAAGAGCCAACUCGCCCACAGCCUCGUUCGACGGCUCAAUUGGAACGGCGAGACCGCCAAGGUGAUGCGAGUGAGCGACUACCGAAAGAAGCGGCUCGAGCGCUACGCGUCCCACGAGCUCUUCCGUCCGGACCACGAGUCCAACGUCGCUCUACGAUCCCUCGCACAACAGGACGCGAUGCACGACUGCGCGGCCUGGCUCGCUGCCGGCAACACCGUCGCUAUCCUGGACGCGACGGUGGUGACGCGCAAGCAGCGCGCCGAGGUGCACGACUACUUCGCGGCCCAACUGGGCCAUCGCAUCCUUUUCCUUGAGUGCGUCUGCGAGGACGCGUCGCAGCUCGAGGCCAAUUGCCGCGAAAUACUGCGCCACAGCAGCGACUACGCGGGCAUGGAGGCCCAAAAGGCGGCCGAGGACCUGCGACUGAAAAUCGCCCACUACCGGAAGAUCUACCAGCCGAUGGACGAGCCCGGCUACCCGCGCAUUUGCAUCGACACGGCCACCAUGGGGAUCACGGCCCACAAGGUCACCGGGCACCUCGAGACCAGUGUCCUCGGCUACCUAGCCAGCGUGUCCUUCAAGCCGCACACCCUCUACUUUUCACGGCACGGCGAGAGCGAGUACAACGUGCUCGGGAAGAUCGGCGGCGACGCCGUGCUGAGCGCUCGUGGUGAGCGCUACGCGCAGGCUCUCGCUGCCAAGAUCAACUCUAUGCACAUCCCGGAGCUGCGAGUCCUGACGAGUAGGCUGCGGCGCACCAUAGCUACGGCCCGAGGCAUCGAAGCACCCCAGGAGCACGUGGCCGCCCUCAACGAGCUGUACGCCGGUGUGUGCGAGGGUCUCUCCUACGAGGAGAUGCAGGAACAGUAUCCUCAGGAGUUCGCGUGGCGGGACCAGGACAAACUGCGCUACCGGUACCCCUGGGGCGAAAGCUACGUGGACACAAUGCAGCGCGUCGAGCCGGUGAUCGUGGACCUCCAGCAGGCCAACAACGUCCUCGUGAUCUCGCACCAGGCUAUACUGCGCUGCAUAAUCGGCUACUAUCUCGACAAAACCCCCGAGGAGCUGCCCUACAUGGAAGUCCCGCUCCACACGAUCAUACGCGUCAGCAGCCAGGGCUUUAACUACAAGCUCGAGUUCAUAAAAUUGGGGAUCGAGUGCGUCAACACGACCCGGCUGAAGCCCCAGAACUGCAGUGCCAGCCGGACGGCCGACGACGCCCUCAUCACCGUGCCUGCCCACUACGACAUUCCCGAUCCCUGGCGGAACCCCGGCUCCGGGCCCACCCUCGUCCAACAACACUGAGGGACGACGGAGGGGACGCGCGUACAGGCCUCCUCCUCCUCCUCCUCCGACACUGCUGCAGCCGACGAGUGAGAUGUGCCGAUUGCGAUGCACCUUUUCUUGACUCACCUCUGCCGAUUUUUCCUUCUUGGCUUCCAUGUACAACUCCCGAUUUGUCUCUUUCCUUUCGCUCGGCACCAAGAUGACCGCCAUAUGAUUCUGGGCGCAAAAUUCGCCGAGACACCUGUCGUGGAAAAGUAUUUUGUCCUCAAAGCUCAAAGAGACGUGCGAGCUCAAUAUCGACUUGCGCAUAUUAUGCGAGAUAUGAGGUAUAUAACGUGUAAGUCUUUAAGAUAUUUAUAGUUUGUACUCGCGUACUUUUUUCGCCCUAUAGCCUAAUCGCUACAAUAGAGGAUCUUGAUGAUGAAAAAAUGAAACAAAUGAUGCUAUCACGCGAGUAGAUUUAAGUAGAGCUGUUGUAGUGUUAGGGAGCGUCGGGUUAUAACUCGGGAGAGCAACCGAUGCGAAACGAUAUUAUUCAACGUAUUACACACAUUUUGGUCCGUCAGCGAGUUUGUUCGAGUUUGCGUGCGUUUUGGAAUGUAUGUACUUACAGUAGAAAGAGCGAAAGGUCGCGGAGGUACGAACGGGUUAUGUUGAUUUUCGACGAUCCGCCGGUCAACGAAUAUCUCUUUCUCUCUUAGAGGUGCGUCGUGCGAUUAGUAUGUAAUAUAGGCACGUUAUUGUUGCGUUCAUUUCAUCGAAGUAUGCAUUUCUGGAUAAAUAAAAACCAUUUGACAUUUCGAUCGUUUCACCGUGACGUGAGUCCUGAGACUCGUAAGAUAGUAUGUAUAUAAAUAUAUCGUUGUAUUCUUAAGCUUAAUUAUGUCAUUUACUAGUUGUCGAGGUUACUUUCGCUGAUCGAUGGUUACUUAUGCUUACGCAGUAACUUUUAUUACAAAAGCCUGCGUAAGCAGGACAAUUUUCAUAAGGUUUAUUUCACUUGGGCGUAUACGAUGUCGGCCUGCGAUUCGGCAAAGUUGAAAAGAGCAUAAACACGCAUAAUAAUUAAUGAUAGGCUAAACGUCUUCUCGAGCCAAGAGCCGAGCGUUUGCAAAGUAGGAUAUAGACGAGUGUACGCGAUUGGACGAGUGCGUGACUGAACGUUGAUGGGUAAGCUUGUGAUCCCGCAGCUGGAAUUGUAUGAGAUUAUGAGAGAACAUCACUUUUAGUUGUUAUUUAAUUAUAUUGGAAUCGUUUGCUCUUAAGGUUUCGUUGCGGCAACGGUUUUGAGAAAAUGUUUUACGGCAAUAAUACCAUAGGUUUGUUACGAUGCAAAUGUAUGUGCAUCCACUUUAUUUGACCAGAGUAGGUACACCUGCGUUUCUCCGAGUCUCCUAGAGAACAGGGAUGAACAAACCUUAUCACUCGUGAUGAUGAAUUAUAUUUUUAAAACGUAUGGGUGAGAAUGCGAUUUUUUAGUGACUGUAACGACAAUGAGAUUCCUUGUGCCAAUGAAUGGUUGAAGAAAGAGCUGUUAUAGAGUGCUUAAUGUUACAACAUUUUAUUAUUAGGUCGUAUAGGCGACAAGAUUUUUUAUUGUAAAAGUAUGAAUAAACAUUUUUUUACAAAAAUCACACAGCUUGCCUUUUUUGUCCAACGAAAGUGCUUAUUUGUAUUUUUAAUGUUUUGGAAAAAAAUAUUUCUCAAAGUUCAUGGCAUCAUCUAUCACUAUGUCUAUCACAUUAUCACCUAAUCAUUGAUGUUUUCUGAAUUUUCUUCGACGGCUGUACAAUACUUGGCGCGUCUUCGACAACAGUGUAGAGCUAUAUUUUCUAUUUAUAAAAAUUUAUGAAAAAUAG